GAGAGCUAGAGACAUCAGUCACACACAAAGCAAGUGAGCCAUGGGAGAAGCUGCAAUUGAUGUCGCGGCGUCUUACGACGACUUCUUCGGCGUGGGCGAGUGCAAGGGCCAAGUGGAGAUCGACGGCGAGCAGGUGCCGCUUGUGCUGACACCGGCGAGCCAGGAGGUGAGCGGCAACCACGAGGCGCUGGUGGCGGCGCUGGUGGCCAACCGGGAGUGGGUGGAGGAGAAGGUGGUGACCAACAGCGCCGUGCUGCUGCGCGGCUUCGGCGUGCGCGACGCCGUGGAGUUCGACGCCAUCGUGGACACGCUCGGGUGGCCGGACAUCCGGUACGUCGGCCCCGCCCCGCGCACCCACAUCCACGGCCGCGUCUGGACCGCCAACGAGGGCCCCCUCGAGGAGUUCAUCUACUACCACCACGAGAUGGUCCUCAUCAAGGAGUUCCCUGGGAAGGUGAUCCUGUUCUGCGAGGUGCCGCCCCCGGAGGGCGGAGAGACGCCGUUUGUGCCGAGCUUCCGUGUGACGGAGCGCGCGCUCAAGGAGUUCCCGGAGAUGGUGGAGGAGCUGGACGCCAAGGGUCUACGCUACACCUUCACGGCGCUGAGCAAGGACAACACCAAGUCCAUGCGCGGGCGAGGGUGGGAGGACGCCUUCGCCACAACCGACAAGGCCGUCGCCGAGCAGAGGGCCCGCGCGCUGGGUAUGGACGUGGAGUGGCUGCCGGAGGAACGCGGCGUGAGGACCAUCCUGGGCCCGAGGCAGCUGACGCGCGUGUUCCCGGGCAGGAAGGGGCGGCGGAUGUGGUUCAACACGGUGGUGGGGAUGCACGGCAAGGAGCUCAGCUCCGCCACGUUCGCCGACGGGUCCGAGAUCCCGGAGGACUUCGUGCGGCGGUGCGGCGAGAUCAUCGAGGAGGAGAGCAUCCAGUUCCGGUGGGAGAAGGGCGACGUGCUCAUCCUCGACAACCUCGCAACGCUCCACGGCCGCCGGCCGUCGGGGGCGCCCAGGAGGGUCCUCGUCGCCACUUGCAAGUGAUGAUCUCAUGCAUGCUCGUCUCGUCAUCCAUCUCCAGUAUACUAAUUAAUUAGUUAAUUAAGCUUGUGGAUGGACCUAAGCUUGGUUAACUAAUUAAUCUUCGUUGCUGGCGAUGGAUGCCACAUUUGGCUCCUCUAUGAUCAGCCGUACGUCCUACUUGCUCCGGGAAAAUAAGAGCUGCCUGCGAGUUUGAUUAAGUCAGUGGACUUAAUAGUUUAUUACCAGGCAGAGAAGG